CUCCUUCAAAACUAAAAUUAAAUCGAGCCGUCCGGACUGACGACAAUGACCCACAAGUCUACCUUGACGAGUAAAUUGGAAAACUCAGAUGUCGGAGCCCGCGAGGCGUCCCUGAAGGCAGCACCACUGUGAGUGAGCAGUGUAGAGGAAGUGGCGCCUGAUCUCAGUCCGCACCUUUUCCGGUAACAGCACCGCCACUGAGCCUGAGCGGCUGGGAGGGAGAGACUCGCGCACGGAGGGCGACAAGAGAGGGGAGUAACGAACCGGGGACUGAGAUACGAAUGCGGCACACGAAGGGGAAGAGAAGAAAGUCGGAUGAAUCAAUGACCUUUUGGUUGCUCUUUCCCUGGAUGCCCUGUCACCGGAACGUCUGAAGGACUGUUUUCGGUGUGUGUUUUUGGAAGCCUCUCAUCGACAGGACCGGGCUUAGGGUAACCGUGGGCAUCUGACAGCCGAGGAGGAAGUGGGAACCCCGGGCUAGGACUGGGCCUGAUCUGUGUAAAGGGCUUUUGUGUUGGAUUCUCAGAGGAAAGUCGAACAUUAACGUGGCUUGUGAAUGAAGUCUCACCAUGUAUGUGGUAAUUCUCAAAUAAUUACUGGGGAGUAGCUCAUGAAAACACCCCUCCCAGUUCUGUCAGGGCUGCUCACACAGUUGUGCCUCUCAAACACAGCAACUCAGGUCCUCCUCCUCUGAGAGCUCCUUUUAAGCCUAUAAUACUGUGAUUUCCUCUCAGAAAUUUAAAGUAUUUUUUUCCUCCUAACAAAGUAUUUAUGCAAAGUAAACACAAUGGGGAAGAUGCUGUCAAAGGUUUUUGGCAACAAGGAGAUGAGAAUUUUGAUGCUUGGACUUGAUGCUGCUGGGAAAACUACAAUCCUGUACAAGCUGAAACUGGGACAGUCUGUCACCACUAUCCCCACGGUCGGGUUCAACGUGGAGACCGUCACCUAUAAGAACGUCAAAUUCAACGUGUGGGACGUCGGUGGGCAGGACAAGAUCAGGCCCCUCUGGAGACAUUACUACACGGGCACCCAGGGUCUGAUUUUCGUGGUGGACUGCGCCGACAGGGAUAGGAUUGACGAGGCGAGGCAGGAGCUUCACAGAAUCAUCAACGACAGGGAGAUGAGAGAUGCAAUCAUCCUGGUAUUUGCCAACAAACAGGACCUGCAGGAUGCAAUGAAGCCCCACGAAAUUCAGGAGAAGCUGGGCCUGACGCGGAUCAGAGAUAGAAAUUGGUACGUUCAGCCCUCAUGUGCGACUGCAGGGGAUGGACUCUACGAGGGCCUGACUUGGCUUACCUCAAAUUACAAAUCAUAAUAUCGCUCCCCGACCAGGACUUUUGGAGGCUGAAUUUAAAGUAGCUGAGAAUGAAUAAAACGCCAUCUUUUGUUUCAUUUGAUCAUAAUAACUUCACUAUAACCAGAUUUAGAUACAUUUGCUGGCUUUUUAAAAACAAUAGCUUUCUCUAACUCACUCAUCUGUAAUCAGCAGUUUUAUUUUUCUUUCAGCGCUUAUUGCUUUUUGCUUUCCUUUUUUUUUUUUUUUCUUCCUUAUGAGGGGACUUUGGGACACAGGUGAUGAGUUGCUUUAUUCACUGACAAAGCUGUAAACCCAAAGGACAGAGGCGUCAGGAAACCAUUGCCUUUAUUACUCUACGAAUGUGUAUUUCUGGACCUCACACACAGAAAAAAAAGAAAUGUUUUCAUGACCAACUUUUCACUGUAACCCGGUUUUGAGUCUCGCAACUGUGUGGUGAAUCCAUGAUGUGUCUGAAUGUGGAUCUUCACACACUGAUGUAUGUGGCCAGGUCUGUUUCUGUUACCGCCAGUUUAGUUCUUGCCUCCAUCAGCUUCCUUUCUAGAUUUAGUAUUUGUGGUCUCAGCUGCCUUAGGAGGGGUGCCAGGAUACAGGUGCCCCAAAUUCAAGACUUACCAGAAGGUGCUUUGAAAUGUUCCGCAGAGGUGGGUGGGGCUCUCAGUGACUGACUUUUAAAACCCAGCAAGCGUGCUCCAACACCUGUAGGCUCCUUUGCUGGGUGAUUAUAGACACUUUUCAUUUUGUUCUAUUCUGUUGCUAUGCUGAUUGAGUUAAUAAAAAAAACCUAUGUAUCCAGAUCAGUGCGGAAGUGACGCCUUUUUCACUCAGAAACGAAAGAGGAAGAGGAGAGUCAGUGGUGCUUGAGCAAAGAUGAGAAACGGAAUGGAACAGUGUGCCUCCUUUCACAUGUGUGAGUCACCCCCGUUGUGAAUAAGUGAUGAGUUCUCUGGUUUCGAGAGGUGAUUGCCGGGUAUGUCUCGCUUUGCUCAAGGUGCAGAGGUUUGAAGGCGGCAGCCACCAAAACGGUUCAGGGGUUACGUCAGCAGUCUUUAGCAUCCUGGUGAGUCAGUUCUUGCUCACAGACUCGGUGUGAGUGUGUGAAAAUUGAACAUGAAAUUUGUUUUUUUAAAAACUAUACUAGCUAUCGAAGAUGUAAAUAUCAUGACACGAGAAUUUAAUUUUUGUUGUGGCUGUGAAGAGUUGCCUUAAAAAUAACACAUCUCUCAAUCCGGCAGCAAAUAGAUGCAAAAAUAAGCCCCAUGUUUAGCUCAACCAACUGGUUUC